AUCUCUUUUAUUAUUGUGUUUUGUAAAUCACUGCUUUUUCCCAUUCUCUCUCUAUCUAUACUCUCUCUCUCUCUCUCUCCUAUCAAUUCUUAUUUGCAUUUUUGCCCCAAAAUAAUCUGCAUUUUGUUUCCAAAUUUCGAAGAAGAAGAAGAAAGAAGACAUGAAGAAGAAGUUUGUGCUGAAGCUGGAUUUGGAAGCAGAGGACAAAGAGAAGCAAAGAAGGGCUUUCAAGACUGUGGCUGCCCUUCCAGGAAUCGAUGAAAUUUCAAUCGAUGCAAAGGGCAAGAAACUAACGGUAAUUGGGACAGUCGAUCCCAUCACAGUAGUGAGCAAAUUGCGCAAAAGGAAUUGGGAAGUCGGGAUUGUUUCAGUGGAACCCGCAAAAGAACCCGAGCCAAAAAAGAAAGAAGCCGAAGCCAAGAAAGAUGCGCCGGAAAAAGAGGAAGAGAAGAAAGAAGAAGUUAAAAAAGAAGAACCAAAGAAAGAAGAAGGCGAUCAGACCAAAAAAGACGAGCCCAAAAAGGUAGAGCAACCGGAGUUGGUCAUGAUGCCGUAUAGGCCGUAUUAUCCGCCAAUGAGCACAUACUAUAUUCAUCACAGUGUCGAAGAGAAUCCGAACGCUUGCGCCAUUUGUUGAAGAAAAUGGCAUAAAUAUGGCGAUGAACGAAACUAAAUCAAGUCGAGGCAACUCAACUCGAUUGAAUUUAUCUGUAGUAAUAUCGUUAUUUUUGUGCGCACAAAUUUUUUUGUGACC